GUGUGCAUAACCAUAGUCGUGGGUAAUUCUUAAAAAAAUGGGCGAGCCUUCAUGUGAUUAAAAGGUGAACCACUUAUCUCUAGCACAAAAACAAGCAAGAUGGAUACACACUCUCCAACCUCCUCCCAAAAAUCGAAGGUGACUCUGACCAACUGGGUACGCCUGAGCAACGCCCCCCUCCUCCUAUCAAGAGCAUCAGCCGUCCAAUGGAAUGACUACGUCUUCGUGCUAGCUAGUGACGGUAGAGCACUUUUCUACCACAGCAAACACAAUAUCUGGUCCAUGCUGCCUAAAUCACCCUAUACAAGUGCCAACCUUGCCCCGGCCUUGACCCUCUAUAAGGGCAGAAUUCUCACUACGUCUGUGAAUGGAGAAAUGUCUACAUUUGAUUCCCAACUGUGCCAGUGGACAGUGGUUAAAGAUCUGAAUCUGUUUGAGGGUAGUGGACCACGAAUCAUUGCCAGUGACAACAACAUUCUCUACUCUGUUGUCGACUUUAAAACACAAGUGCAGCAAGAGUAUGAGCAAAUAAGGCGAAGCGAUAAUUUCAGACAAGUUUCCUAUAAACACACUGAGUGCACUGUAUUCUCGUAUGAUCCAAGCUCUAAGUGGGAGAAAAUCUGUGAGAUUGGAUCAAGCCCUCUCAAAUCUGCAGCAGUGGUUGGUGGAACCCUGUUUGUUCACGCUGGACAAGAUAUGUUCAAAUUGACUCAGCCAGUACAACCAGAAGUGGCAGCAAAUCCAAAACUAGAAAUAAAUACAAUACUACCAUCAGCGCAAACAACCACAGAGCUCAACUUUGGUAUGCAAGCACUGGCAGUAUCUCAUACUGGAAUAAAUGCCCAUAAUAUUCCUAGAAAUCUACCCCCCCAGGGACAACUACAGUCCGCGACAGCCUGUGCCAGUCCUACGUACGCUGGAUCAACUCUCCAUGCCAUUAAAGAGACGCUAUUCUCUUUCGGAGGGCGGGACAAAGACAACCAACCAACGUCUGACGUGUUACGAUAUAACCCUGACACUGACACCUGGGAGAGUGCCGGCUACAUGAGGAGUGCUCGCUACAAUGUUGCUGUGGCAAUCGUACAAGAUACGAUAAUAGAUGUGAUUGUGCUAGGAGGGAGUUUUGGAAGCAGUGAGCACAUCAUGACGGAGCGAGCAGUAGAAAGUGAUUCAAAAACCACCCCAAUUCGUCCUCCCUGGAAUAACAUGACGAGCAUUGUAGAAAAAUGCACAGUCAACUAAACAGUCAAAAUUAAAAGUUACCGUCCAUAAUUAGUAUGUACUACCAAGUGUACAGACAAUCGUAUAUUUUAGGUACAAUCUAUAAUUAUGUCAAAGUCAAUAUUAUAUUUUAUCUCAA